ACCAAUUAUGGAGUUUGAUUCGAAGGUUGCCAUUUCAUGGGUCCCUGGGCUAAAUGGGCUGGCUAUCUUCAACGAAAUCAACAUGCUAAUUCAAACAAUUGGUGAAGUUGUCCGGGAGGGUAAUUUGGAUAUUAUUGGUGGCUCUACUGCUCACCAUACUGUUUAUAGGGUGGCAUUGCAAACCGGUACUGUUUUAUCAGUAAUAUAUAAAAUUCCCACUUUGGCUGGGACAAAAAAAAUAGAGAAGCACAAGGAAACGGUAGCAACGUUCUAUCUUAAUGAGUAUUCUCAGAUGCAAUGGAGUUUUGUGUAUCUUCUGUCAUAAAGCGGCCUGUUAAAUCCUUAAAAUCCCAGUCCGUUAGAUAACUUGGUCU